CGAUUGCCGGACCGCGGCGACUGAGCGAGUUUGUAGUCGCCUUCUGGGUGCUGAGCGGAAAAUCGCAAGUGCGCGCGAGCGGGCCGAGCGCGAGCGUGUGCAGGAGGAUUAAAAAUACGAAGUAAUACCGAGCGCAGUCCAACUGCAUCUAUCGACGAGUCGGAUAAUAAUUUUCCAAUACGAGCCCACCGUGACCACUCACGCCACCCACACAUUGCUGGGGGCGCCGUUGACGUCGGUGCCGCUGAAUCGCGAAACAUGGACGCAUGGAGUCCGAGGCGCGCCGUUGGUCGGAAUGGACGCACCUGGGGCCAAUAAGCAAGUCAGCGACAAACCACCAGUGCCGAUAAAAACGUACCAGUGGGAGGACAUACGCCGCGCCAGACGCAAAGGUGGUUAUCCUUGGACUUAUCUCGACAAGCGUCCAUUCGAUGACAAUUUUAUAGACGAUUUCAAAAUACGCACGGACCCGAAUUUGCGCAAAGCAAAAAGCUCCGUUAGUAUGAAUAGACAUUCUGCAAACAUUGAGAAAGUUACACACGUCGCUGAACAAUCGCCCGAAAAAGAAAUGGAGACGGACGAAAACAAGGAGAACAUCAUGGUUGAAUCAAACGAUAGUUCAGCCGAUGUAAGCAUCAGUCAGUAUUUGGAUAAAGAGGAACGCGAAACUUCUUCCGAAGAACUCCUCGAAAUGGAGGAGCUCGCAAAAAUGCACCAGGAAAGAGUCAAAGGAUUGACAAUUGGGGAGGAGUACGAAUAUUGGUCAAAAUUGCAAAAGGGCGAAAUUCCAAACGUGCUUGGAAGUGAAUGGCCAAUUCCUAACUUGUGCCUUAAAGCUCCUAGCAGGGCAUCGUCAAAAGAAGUCCUAGACUCGCCAGGGUCUAGUAAAGACGCGGAAAAAUCGGAAACAUUGCGCAGCCAGAGAGCAAAGUCCGAGGAACCCGGCCGAAAAAGAAAGCAUUCAAUUGAGAGCAGCUACAGUCGUGUGUCCAAAUAUAGCUUAUCGCCUCAGGGAAUUAUGAAAAAAAUAAAAGAGGCAAAAGAGAAAAUAAAAUCAUCGAAAUUUUUCAGUAAAUCGGAAUCAAAAUUGACGAAAAAACCUAAAACGGAACAAUCAAUUGUUGUUGAAAAGAAAGAGAAAAAGGAUACGAUAAAACCUAAAAAAGUUGAAGGUCCAUUGUAUAUUCACAUACCAUUGAAACCACCACCAGGUGAAACAGAUGAGUUUUCCCAUUUAGAGUUCGAAGAUCAAGGUACCACGGCGAGAAAAGUGAGUCCUAUAGCAGAGGAAAAGAAAGAAAGCGCGGAUGAAGCACCGGAAACACCAACUGAGACUGGUUCAGGUGUACAAUUGAUUAUUCUUACCGCACCUUCGGAUGAUGAAAUUUUAGACACACCUGCUGUACCAGAAACUCCUUCAGAACCUGAAAAUGGCUUCUUUGAAACAAAGCGCAUGGAUGAACUUAAAAAGAUAGCUACAGAUGUUGUUGAUAAAUAUUCGCCAGAAACAAAACGCAAAACUUUUACUUCAGUGAAGGAAGAGGAAGAAGAAGAUCAAGGCAAGAAAGCAGCUGUCGUAGAAGAAAAAGAAGUAAAAAAAGUGGAAGAACCUGUUAUUGUGGAAAAACCUCCAGUAGCACCGUCAGAGGACACAGGCGUCAAGAAAAAGAAGAAAAAAGUAGUAAAAAAAGAUAAAAGUAAAGACAAACCCAAAGAAGAGGAAAAAUUAAUAGAAACCCAAAAAACUGAUGACGAUAAAAUUCAAGAACAAAAAGAACAAAAAACCAUCCCAGCAACAAAGUUAAGCAUUGAUGAAGAAGAUGGUUUAAAAACCGAAAUGGUCAUUGCGCAGAUAAUCGACGAUGAUGUAAAGGAAAGUGAUUUAUCCGAAAAGGGCCAAAGUAAAGAAAAAGUUAAAGAGUCACCAUUGUUAAAGAAAAAAGUAUCGUUUAAACGCCGAUCAAAAGAAGAUAGUGAUGGAAUUUAUGAAGACGUGCUAGUAACAUCGGAACCUGUUCAAAAAGAAGAGAAAACGCCAUCAAGUCCAACCCCUAGGACUCCUACUCCUAGUCAGCUCCAUGACGAAAAAAUUGCAAAAAUGCACGAAGAAAGAACCAAAGGAAUGACCGUAGCUGAAGAAUAUCAGUAUUGGUCAAAACUACAAAAAGGAGAAAUUCCGUUUGAUUAUGAUCUCGAACCUACUCCACCACCUCAACCGGUAAAAGUUCCUGCUAGUCCUAGCCCAACUACUCCUACUACUCCAACUACUCCAAAAACUCCAACAACUCCAACUACUCCAAUCAAGACUACUACUCCUCAUCCUCUUGAUGAUGAACGCAUUGCAAAAAUUCAUGAAGAGCGUGCAAAAGGAAUGACGCCGUCAGAAGAAUACGCGUAUUGGAAAAAGGUCCAACGAGGUGAAAUCAUAAUCGAAUUACCACCAGAAGACGAAGAGGAGCGCCCACCAUCUUUCACACCAACUACAACACCAAGCCCAAGUGUAGUUCCCGAUAUGCACCUCGAUGAGCAAGCCACCAAAAUGCACCAGGAAAAUAUCAAGGGAAUGAGCGUCGCAGAGGAGUACGAGUAUUGGUCGAGAGUGAAUUGCCAUGACUACGAGCCGGUAAUUCCUCCAGAUGAUAACUUCCGUCCGAUUGAAGUCCCGUCGGCGGAUGGAAGGCCCAAAAAGCCGUCAACGCCAAUCACAGAUAGUGACAUUGAAUAUCUUGCUGCACGAGCGGCUGACAUUGAACUUCGUACCACCAAAAUUACAAUCACUAAUAAGGAAGACCCGGCCGAGGCGCUUGUGGUCCCGCUCGAGUCCGCUCUCAAAGAAGAAACGAAAUCCACGAAAUCCGAGGUUAAAGAAGAUGGCCACGGCAAAAAAAUUCAAGAUGCUUUUCAGAAACAAGCCACUAAUCUAAAACGGCAAGCAAGCAUCGUAAGCAAAAAGGCUAGCGAGCAGGCGGAAAAGAUCCAAACGCGAGUCAAAUCAAUCAAAAAGCCGAAAAUGCCCAAGCCAAAAUUUGAGAAACCAAAUUUGCCAAAACUGAAAAUUGAAAAACCGCACAUGCCUCACUUCAAAAUCGAAAAGCCAAAAAUGCCCAAAAUACCGGAUAGAAUGAAAAAUAUUUCGCUCAGCCUCCCACGCAAAGGCAAGCGCUCGGCACGCCAACCCACAUCGACGGAAUCGACAGCCGGCGAUUCCGAGAAAAGAACCGUAUUCGACUUUAGCACUUAUCCGAGAAUUUUCAGAAAAAAGAAACGCGACGAUGAUGGCGAUAACAUUCACACCCCCAGAACGGGUACGGAUGUUACGCCUGUAUCAGAACGUACCACUCUACCUCGUUUCAAGUUCACGACGAGGUGGAAGGGCAAGUUCACCAAACAACCGCCGCCAUCUUCGGUUACCAAUGACACUAUAAAUUCUUACAAGUCUAAAGAUAGCGAACGUUCGGAAACUCAAGGUUCGGUGCGCAUUCCAUUGCACUCUGAAGGAUCAAUGGAUCGCGAGAGUCUCGAUUUGCGGACGAAUGAAGAACGCGAGGAUUCGGUUGAAAGACGAAUGCGAUUGGCGGCAUCCAGUCGAUACGAUGAUGAUAUCGAUAUGAACGAUGCCUAUAUGAAAGAGAAUCAGGAGAUUCAUCGCGCAUCCUCGUUCAAUGCGAAAUUCAACGACCGUUGGAAUCACGGCAAGUUCCACGCCGACGAACCACCAGAACAAAUGGUCACAGAUCUGGAUGAUGAGGAGAAACCUCCCACGUCCAUUCUCAAGAAAAAGAUUGAAAACAUUCACGCCGGUAGCUCCGAUGAUGUGCGCCGGCGUGGUGUGCUUGAGGAAAUCAAUUCCGAUGAGUUCUUCCUGCGGCAAAAGGGAAUCUCCCAGGAUAAUAUCGAAGUCGGUGCUUAUCUGAGUUCUGAAAUUCGCGAAGCAUUCAGAACCCCGAACAAUGCACUGUCGCAAUUAGAGAAGCCCGAACCGGAAGCGCCUAAGAGGCGACCAUUCAAAAAACCGAAACGCAAGAAGACUCCGCAUGUAUCGCAAGAAGGCAUACAAUAUGACCAAGACUCGAUUCAUACCGAACCUGACGUAUCAACGUAUCAAACCGAUGAUUUCGAAACAGACGUACAACCCGAAAGACCGAAACGUAGAGGAAGAAAGAAGGAUGAUGAAGCAGAUAUGAAAUAUAUCGAAGAUCAGAUUUUAUCUCGUGACGAGUUCAUGGACGAGCAGCAGUUCUCCCACUAUGAGAAUGAACAUAUGGAAGGUAUCGAGCAGCCAAACAUUAUCCUCUCCAGUUCGUAUCAUGCCGAGCAUUUCUAUCCGGAUGAUGAUGUCCCGGCAGCUCCGCCAAGAAAACACAAAAGUCUGCGCAGCUUGAAUGCCAUGUCAGAGCAUGAUUCCAUCACUGAGGAAUUGAACGGUUACAAAGAGGUUCAACAAGAAGUGAGCCAAUACGAGCAUGAAUACCAAAUUCCUACUCCAGACCAACCACCCAAACGUCCAUUCAGAACACGUUCCCGAACUCGCUCACGUUCCAGAGGUACAGCGCUGCCAGACGAAGAAACCGUCGCGAGAGAAUUGUUACAAUCAACUAGCCAACAGUCAUUGACUUAUAAGUCACACAUCCGUGACCCACCAUUACCACCAUGUCGCCGUCGUUCGUUGAAGUCGGAAGGAGCAGAGGAGGAACGAUUCUUCACGGCACCUCGCCCAACCACGCAGAGGGAACCCGUGCGCCCAUUGCGCAACUACAGCACCCUGGGUCCAAGUCGGCCACCUCGGAAACGUUCUGUGCCUAAUCUCACCGAUGAAGAAAAACACAUCGGUGAUCCGUACAUCGAAAUUGAAGACGAUGACCACGCCGGCAAGAAUCUACACUCGGGCGAGGUGAUACAGAAAAUGAAAGGCAGGCCUUUGCCAGCCCCACCACGCCCACCACGAAAAGUGAGAGAUUCUAGUCGGGGAAGUAGAAAGAGUGAAAGAUCAGAAGAUCGGAGUUAUGACGAUAUGGGUAGCAGGGAAUUGCACGACGUUGAAACGUCGGUCCAGACGGAGCCGUUGCCUGACGACUUCGAAUGUGAGGCUUUGGUUCGCGACCCUAAUGAUAGGAUCAUAACACCGACCGUUGACAAAUACGCCGAAAUCUCAAGACCAAAAGCCGUCCGAGAAUUUGAACAUCAAGAAACAAUAACACAUGGUUCGCUACUUGUGCAACCAUUUGCACAUGGCGAAGAAAUUCCCACGGGUCCAAUUGAAAUGUACUCGAGGAAUACGGAAAGAAUUGUUACUGUCAAACGGGAAGCUGACAGUAAUAAAGACAUAGAUUAUGAUGAGACUUCAGAAAUACCGGAGGAGUUCACCAAGUUAAAGUCGCCAACGCCACAACCGCAGCCACCGCAACCACCACCUGUUCAACAAGUGAUUGAAAGAAUAAUUGAAAAGCACAUACCAAUACAAAUGGAACCUCCCGGCGAGGUAGAAACACUUAAGGCACAGAAACUUCAGGUGGCUGACUUGGACGUGGAAAGAUUAGCAGUGGGCGAACUGCACGCCAAUAAAAUCAAAGUCGGGGACAUCGAAGGUACUUCAAUUAGUGUCAACGAGAUCAAUUCAAAUUCAGGUAAUUUAGUUGUUAGUGGUAUUGAGUUACCAGCGAGCUUCUUUCAGCAGUUGGUAGAAAAACUCCAGGAACAAGCUGAACAAGUCGCCGUCGCUCGUCCAGCGCCUUCAAUCGAGGCACCACAAACAAAGACAAUCGAAACAAAAGAAUCAGAAACUAACACUGACGCUUAUCAGGAACCACCCACACCCUUACAUACCGCACCACCAGUACCGGCGGUACGUACGCGCAUACCGGAAGUAGGCACAUCCAGACAACCCGCGGUAAGAAUACCGUCAGAGGAAAUUUUAGACACACCCGACAUUGAACACACACAGCCCACACCCACGGUAGACACACUUAGGGAGCAUAUAGGUUACGAAAUCGACGAGGUGAUUUCCACUGCGCAGCGGGCAGUUCAACAGGAACUGGACAAAGAUGCGAAAUCUGGCCAAAAAAAAACUCCGUUUGAAGUCCGAUUAGUAGAUGUAGAAAGUGUGACCCCACCGGAAAGACCCCGUAGAGCAGUGAAGAUCGAGCAGGAAUCUAUCGACGCCCGAUUAGAAACCCAACACCCACAACCGCAAGCAGCUGAGGAGUCCGAGGAAACACCGCCACCGCGACCGCCCAAACCCGACUCCGACUACAUGCCCUCGCAAGCACCUCCAAGCUUCUACGCUCUUCGAUCUCCGACCGCAUUCAAAGACUUUGACAUCGACGAUGACAUUCCGCUGGCGCCCCGACGACGCCGUCACCACCACCAUCAGCCGCAUCACCGAGCGCCCGAAUCAAGCAGUGAAGACAUCGCUCCGAGUCGCCGACGCCAUCGGACGCCCGAGCCCACCAUCCCACAACUCACCGGGCAGCUAACACGCGCCUGCGUCACCGCUGCGGAGCGAUCCUUUAAGAGACUGAUCCAGCAGACUACCGAGUAUGUGAUGGGGCGAGUGGAGGGCAAGCGCGAAGUAAAUGUCGCCGUCGUCAUUUUGAUCGUGUUCAUCGCGCUGCUGUUCUUAGUCUAUUGGAACGGCGAUGGCAAGCAGGUUCAUCAUCAUCAUUGGGAAUAUUUUAAUCCUCCACGGGAUAUUUAGAUUUUAAGCCCAUAUUGAAUAAUUAUUACGACGUUUCAUUUUUUUUUUGUCAAAGGUGAUUCUUUAUAUGAUUAGAUUGUAACUAAUAUUUGAACGGAUAGCGGAGGAUUCGCACGCAUUGUAACUAGUCAUUGGAAAUUCAUUUAAAUUGUUACUCUUGCCGACAAUUGUUGCAAUAUAUUAAUUAAUUUAUAUCGUUAAUAGAAUAAAAUUGUUUCAACUUA